AUGGCCACUCUCCGCUCCUCCGCUUCCGCCCUCGUCGGCGCCGUGUCCCGGCCGGCCCUGCGCGCCACCACGGCGAAGACACUACCCUCUCUCGCGGUGCGCGGCAUGGCACAGGUGACCGACGCCCAACAGACGAAUCAAACAGCCUCCGGUGACAAGGCCAACCUCAAGACCUUCCAGAUCUACCGUUGGAACCCGGAUACACCAACGGAGAAACCCAAGAUGCAGAGCUACACUCUCGACCUCAACAAGACCGGGCCCAUGGUCCUCGACGCCCUGAUUCGCAUCAAGAACGAACUCGACCCAACUUUGACCUUCCGCCGGAGUUGCCGUGAGGGUAUUUGCGGUAGCUGCGCCAUGAACAUCAACGGCACCAACACCCUCGCUUGCUUGUGCCGUAUUCCUCCGGAAAACAGCGCCGACAUGAAGAUUUACCCGCUCCCUCACACCUACGUCGUCAAGGACCUGGUACCCGACCUCACACAGUUCUACAAGCAAUACAAGUCGAUUAAGCCGUACCUACAGAGGGAUACGCCGGCAGAAGACGGCAAGGAAUACCGGCAAAGCAAGGCGGACCGCAAGAAGUUAGACGGGCUGUACGAGUGCAUCCUGUGCGCGUGUUGCUCAACAUCGUGCCCGUCGUACUGGUGGAACUCGGAGGAGUACCUCGGCCCCGCCAUCCUGCUGCAGUCGUACCGCUGGCUGGUCGACUCGCGUGACGAGAAGACGGCCCAGCGCAAGGACGCCCUCAACAACUCCAUGAGUCUAUACCGCUGCCACACCAUUCUCAACUGCACUCGCACCUGCCCCAAGGGCUUGAACCCGGGUCUGGCGAUUGCCGAGAUCAAGAAGUCGAUGGCCUUUUAA